AUGCAGCCACUCAGUCUCAUGCUUCUUGCUCUGCUUGCGUGUGCCAGAGGUGCCCGCUCUCAUCAGGCAGGGGAAGAGCUGUCAGACAACUUUCUGGAGGUGCCACCUAGUUACCUGGAUUCACAGACAGAUGAGACCAGUUUUAUGUCACAACCGACGACCGAUGAGAAAACAGUGCUGAAUACAUUGCUGAGGACAAUUCUUCACAACAGACCAGCCCGGAGCUCCUUUCUUUUCCAGCCCCAGAGAUUUGGCAGAGACGAGCGCAGUUCAAUGUUAGGAGAGAGCAGGAUCCACUCACGAGGCUGGGAUUCUAUGGCGCCUCAGUUCUGGAGCAUGGCCGUCCCCCAGCGCUUUGGGAGGAAGAAAUGAAAGAGCACAAGACAUUCAUGCUGACAAUUCCUUUCAUGGCUACGACAGGUUACAAUGGAUGAGGAGCUUGUGGAGCAGGGACGGGUACAUGAAUGUUUGCAGAACCAUGUCCCAAAUACAUGCUACCACUGUCAAUUAUUUUGAAAAUUUACCAAAUUCUCUUACUCCUUUAAUUAGAAAGUGCCCACUCCCUUUUGUAUUUCUCUCCUCUCAUGUACACAGCACUGGCAUUUUCACGGGUGCAGUUUAGUAUCAGCCUACAUGUGCCAAUUCCUUCUCCUGCUCUUAUCAAUAAAUUCAUGUGUUGACCAAGA